AAAAGAGCUUUCCCUGCUUCGCUGUCUGCAUUUGAAAUCUGGAAAAAAAACAGUUAAUCUUAUGUGCUUUUUCUACGUUUUCUUGACAGAUUUAAUCUCAGACCUUCUAUAUCUGGAAAGAAGUGGCUACCAUGGAAAAUACAGAUGAACAGUAAGGAUUGUUCUGAAGAUAUCAUCAGUAAUGAAUUAGGCGUGAAAAACAACUCCCAUUUUCCAGGUGAAACAAUGACUACAAAAUCAGCAUUUAGCAUGUUAAUGUGCCUUCUUCAUUUGUGCGUUGUAAAUGGACAAGUAAUAUGUGAAAGGCAAAUGACUGCUGAGUGGCGAGUGAAACCAAAACCUACUGUGAUAAAAUGGACUCUAAGGGAAAACCUCUGCUCAGACUUUUACACUGAAUGCUGGAACAUGAAUAAAAGUAUUACCGAGGAAACCUCGGAUGAAAAAAAUCUCAAUAUCCCUCAGAUAUGCCCCUUACAGCUUCAAUUAGGUGAUAGUCUCUUCAUCUCCUCUGAGCCAUCCUUUCAGUCCUAUGGAAUGAAUUUGGUAAAUGUCUCCAAGGAAGAAUUUAUUAACUGUCCUAAAGCUGAUUUUCUCCAAAAACAGUUGAUUUUUGUUUGCCAGAUAAGAGGACUGCACCAAGUUGACCCUAACUGGCUUGGUACUGGAACUCAUUACUUUGCAGAACUUCAUAAGAGAGGCCCAAUAUUGUGCAACAUGGGCCUUCGUCUGAACGUAACCGUGAAACAGCAGUUUUGCCAACAGUCUCCAAAUGCCCCAUUAUGCUCUGGGCAUGGAAAAUGUCUCAGCCAUGUUUGGGAAAAAACGUAUAAUUGCCAUUGUUUCUCACAGUAUUCUGGAAAAUUCUGCCAGAAGUUUGAUGUGUGCUCCACUAAACCUUGCCACAACAAUGCCUCCUGCACUGAGAAAUCAGAACUUCCUGGAGAUUCUUACGAAUGCAUGUGUCCUCCAAAGUUUUCAGGUAAAAAUUGUACAGAAAUAGUUGGACAGUGCCAGCCACACACGUGUUUCAAUGGUAACUGCACUAAUGUUACUCCAAAUACUUUUCUUUGUGAUUGUGACAAGGGCUUCAUAGGUCCAUUUUGUGAGGAACCUGGUGAUCCUUGUGCAGAUGAGCCGUGCCAGAAUGGAGGCAUAUGCCAAUAUAAUCAGUCUGGAUAUAUCUGUGAUUGUCCAGCUGGUUUUCUUGGUCACAAUUGUGAAAUUGAUGUUAAUGAAUGUUCUUCAAGGCCAUGUCAGAACAGAGGUGCAUGUAUCGAUUUACCAAAUGAUGUGGCAUGUACCUGCCUGCCAAUAUUCACUGGCAAGUUCUGUGAGAGAAUACUCAAUCCAUGUGAGUUGUUCCCUUGCUUAAAUAAUGCAACUUGUGUUGCUCAACAGCAGAACUAUAACUGCCGCUGCCUGCCAGGAUUCACUGGAACGAACUGUGAGGAAGUAAUUGACUACUGCAGACUGCUCAGCAUCAACUGUCUGAAUGAAGGAUUGUGUCUUAAUAUAAUUGGAGGAUUCACUUGCCUCUGUGCACCUGGAUGGACAGGAGAAUUUUGCCAGUUUGCUGAAAACGCAUGUUUAAUUUACCCAAAUAUUUGUUCUGAGGGAGCAACUUGCAUUGAUAUGAGCCAACUGAGAGAAAAACCUUUGUUUCGAUGUAUGUGUCCUCAUAAUUUCACAGGAGAAUUCUGUGAGGUGCAAAUUGAUAAUUGCGGGUCGAAUUCAUGUAAAAAUGGAGGAACAUGUGUUGACUCUGAAGAGCAUUUUAAGUGCAUUUGCCCCAUUGGGUUUGAAGGUGAAAGAUGUGAAGUGGAUGUUGAAGGCUGCCUUUUCUACAAUAUAAGCUGUGCCCCAGGAGCACUGUGUGUGGAUAAAUCUCGUGGAUUUAAUUACACAUGUUUAUCACCAUGUAUUGGAAACACAGAGGUAUGUGCAAAUGGAGGUAGCUGCUUCUACGAUGAAGAAGGACAGAGAUCUCACUGUGUCUGUGCUCUUGGAUGGACAGGACAAACAUGCCUGGAGAAUAUUAAUGACUGUGAAGUAAACCAGUGCCAACAUGGAGCCACAUGUGAAGACGGAAUGAAUAAAUACAGGUGUAUAUGUCCCCUUGGUUACACUGGCAAAUUUUGUGAACUUGAUAUAGACAAUUGCAUUGGAAAUCUGUGCUCUGAAUAUGGUUUCUGCCAGGACCACUUGCAUAAUUACAGCUGUAACUGUGUGCCUGGAUACGAAGGACUCUUCUGUGAAGUUGAAAUUAAUGAAUGCUCAAGUUCACCUUGCAAAAAUGGAGCUACCUGUAUGGAUUUAAUUGGCCACUUUUCAUGUCAUUGUGCUGCUGGGUUUAAAGGAGAAACCUGUUCUGUUCCUAUGAAUGAAUGCCCAGACAGACCCUGUUGGAAUGGAGGAACCUGUGAAGAGGACAUAAAUGGCUUCAAAUGCAAUUGUCCAUUUGGUUUUUCAGGCCAGUACUGUGAAAUAGAAAUGAAUGAGUGUGAUUCAGCUCCCUGCCUGAAUGGUGCUGUCUGUCAGAAUGAUGUCAACAGCUAUGAUUGUUUUUGUCCUGAAGGAUUUGAAGGUCUAAACUGUGAAAUCAACUUUGAUGAGUGCAGUUAUGGCUUCUGUAAAAGCAAUUCAACUUGUUUAGACCUGGUUGCAGACUACAGUUGUGUUUGUCCCCCAGGAUUCACUGACAAAAACUGUUCCACCAAUAUUGAUGAAUGUUCCUUCAAGCCCUGUGAAAAUGGAGGCCAAUGCCAUGAUUUGAUUGGUGAAUUUUACUGUAGCUGUUUGCCAGGUUUUACUGGGCAGUUUUGUGAAGCAGAUGCUACCGCCUGUCUGUCACAACCAUGUGGAGCCUCCAGCAUCUGUAAAGACAUACUGGGUGGCUACGCUUGUUUCUGUGCACCUGGUUUUAUAGGUAAUAACUGUGAGAUUGAGGUGGAUGAGUGUCUUAGUUAUCCUUGUCACAAUGGGGCUACUUGUGUUGAUCAUCUGAAUGCCUUCACCUGCAUUUGUCAGGAUGGAUUUCAAGGCCCAACUUGUGAAGCAAAUGUAAAUGAAUGUCACUCUUCUCCAUGUCUUCAUAAUGCAUCAUGUAGAGACCUUAUUGGCGGCUAUGAAUGCAUCUGUCUACCUGGCUUUACUGGUGCAAGAUGUGAAACAGAUAUAGAUGACUGUGCUUCAUUUCCCUGCAAGAACGGAGCCACCUGCAUUGACCAACCUGGUAAUUACUUCUGCCAAUGUGUGUCACCAUUUAAAGGUUUGAACUGUGAGUUUAGGCCUUGUGAGGCCAGCAAUCCCUGCGAGAAUGGAGCUGUGUGCGUAGAAGAAAUGAAUUUGGACGUUUUUCCCCUUGGAUUCCAGUGCAAGUGUGUGAAGGGCUUUGCAGGUCCACGUUGUGAGAUCAAUGUCAAUGAGUGCAGUUCUAACCCUUGCCUCCACGGAUACUGCUAUGACAUUGUCGAUGGCUUCUAUUGUUUGUGCAACCCAGGAUAUGCAGGAUUGAAAUGUGACCAGGACAUUGAUGACUGCAUAAUCAAUGCUUGUGAACAUAAUUCUACAUGUGUUGAUCUACAUCUGAGCUACCAAUGUGUUUGCUUGCCUGGAUGGGAAGGAAAAUUCUGUGAAAAAGAAUCAAAUGAAUGUAAUUCAGAGCCUUGUAAAAACGGUGGCACCUGCAUGGAUCUUUUCAACAGCUAUCAAUGUGCAUGCACAGCAGGGUGGACGGGGCCAGACUGCAGUGAAGAUAUAAAUGAAUGUGAUUCUGAACCAUGCUUGAAUGGAGCCACCUGUUACGAAACUAUUAAGCCGGGGCAGUUCAUAUGCAUUUGUCCUCCAUUCUAUACUGGUGACUUCUGCCAUCAGCGCUUCAGUCCCUGCGAGCUGCCUUACAAUCCGUGCAUAAACAAUUCAACCUGCUUGGCACAAGUCGAUGGAAAUCCAAUGUGCAUUUGCAAAACAGGAUUUGAAGGUACUUACUGUGAAGUUAACAUUGAUGAGUGCAUCUCCCAUCCAUGCCAGAAUGAAGGUCUCUGUGUGGAUGGGGUCAACCAUUACAAGUGCUCCUGCCAACAUGGUUUUACUGGGACACACUGUGAAGUGGAGAUUAAUGAAUGCUUAUCAAGACCCUGCAAAAAUAAUGGAACUUGCUUGGAUCUCAUAAACAGAUUCAUCUGUAGCUGUGCACCUGGAUACUAUGGCUCUCUGUGUGAGAUGGAUGUCAAUGAGUGUGAAAAUUUGCCUUGCUUGCAUGGAGGAAGCUGCAUCAACAGGCUUGGAGGCUAUCGGUGUUUCUGUCUCCCUGGAUUCACAGGUGAUAGAUGCGAAGAAAAUAUAGAUGAGUGCAUGUCUACUCCUUGCUUCAACAAUGGAAGUUGCAUUGAUGACAUCAAUUCCUAUAAGUGUCACUGUAGGAGAGGUUUUAUUGGAACAAACUGUGAGAUAAAUGUUAACGAAUGCUUGCCAGAUCCUUGUCUUCAUGGAAGAUGUAUAGAUCUCAUUGAUGGAUACCAAUGCACUUGUGAAUCAGGAUGGACCAGCUCAAGAUGUGAGAUAAAUAUUAAUGAAUGUGAAUCUUCUCCCUGCAUUAAUGGAGGUUCUUGUCAAGAUGCAGUCAAUGCAUUUGUUUGUACUUGCCUGACUGGGUACACUGGCAGAUUUUGUGAAGUUGAUGUUGAUGUUUGCAAGGAGCCCACAUUGAACUCAAGUCUCUGUUACAAUGGAGGUGUAUGCGUUGAUGGACCUGGAAGAACUUUUCAUUGCAGGUGUCUUGCUGGAUUUUCUGGUCAGUUUUGUGAAAUAGAUGUUAAUGAGUGUAAUUCAUCACCUUGUCUGCAUGGCUCAACUUGUGAAGAUCAUAUCAAUGGAUACACUUGUAAAUGUCAACAAGGAUGGGAAGGUCUCCAUUGUGAGCUGGAUGUUGAUGAGUGCAUAUCCAAUCCCUGCAUACAUGGCAUCUGUGUCCAGAAGGACCCCAGCUUUGGUUAUUCCUGUUUUUGUAAGCCAGGAUUUGUGGGACGAAGCUGUGAGCUUAAUUACAAUGAUUGCCUUAUACAGUCCUGCUCCACUGGGUUUCUCUGUGUUGAUGGAAUAAACAAUAUCACCUGUUUACCCACUAUCCCCCAAAGCAAGAAAACUGUCACUGAAGUGGCUGAAGUGUUUCCCACUGAGAUUUUAGACAAUGACCUUCCAUCAGCCCUAGCUGUGUCUAUGGAACAUUGGUCUGAACGUGCUUCUCCUGAUUUUCAUAGAGGAAAGGUGGCCCAAGAUUUUAGUUAUGCCCGCUAUUAUGGUGAUUCUUACCAGGAAUUUCAAGGCUUGCAUUUGAACACGCAAAACUUCAUCCAUUUGGAAUUUAAGACCUAUAAUCCUCAUGGACUCCUCCUGUUUAUUGAGCAGAGCCCAGAAAGAGUAGGACACUUUUUAAUUCAGCUUUUCAUCAAACAUGGCAUCUUACAGUACCAAUUUUUAUGUGAUGAAGCAGCAGUCAAAAACAUCACUACUACUGCUAGAUUGGAUGAUGGACAAUGGUAUAAAGUGCAAAUCAGGCAGAACAUUGUACCAUGUGAAGCAGAAAUGUUGAUCCUGGGGAUAUCUGCAAAGACAAAUAUGUCUAGCAAUUUCUGGUCCAGUUCAUGGCUUGAAACCGGAUCCAUAUUUGUUGGUGGCCUCCCUCAUCAUUAUGCAAAAGAACAGAUACCUGGACCUGUCUACAAUUUCACUGGCUGUAUACGACUUGUAGAAAUCAAUAAUGUGGGACCAUUCAACUUCUCUAACGCUGUGGGAAGAAAUAAUGUUGGCAAUUGCAGGAUUCCUGUAUCCACACAUGUGUCAACGGCAUUCCCCGUGUUUUCUUCUGAUGUGCCUGAGUUGCCUAAGCUCGCUGUGCCCUCUCAGAUUUCCCCUGAAUUGCCGUCUGUAUGCCAGGAAGGACUGUGCCAUAACGGAGGGACAUGUCAUCCUCUCUCUCUGCCUACUGGGGCUACUUCGUUUCAGUGCGACUGCCCAUUACAUUUCACUGGUCGGUUCUGCGAAAAAGACACAACACUGUUUUUUCCAUCUUUUACUGGAAAUUCUUAUUUGGAACUACCUUCUCUGACAUCUGUAUCUGAGACCAAGACUGCAUCUGGGCAGGAAACAAGCAAUCUUACAACUCUGUACUUGACAGUGAAAACAACUGCUCUAAACGGCACGAUUCUUUACACUGGUGAAAAGAAUUUUGGAGAACAGUUUCUUCACUUGUAUCUCGUGGAGGGAAAACCAACAGUUCGGUUCAGCUGUGGAAACUCUCAGAACAUUCUGACUGUAUCAGUCAACCAACCCAUUAGCAACGGUAUGCUAAUCCCUAUCACAAUAAGCUAUAUGUUGCCUGUGAGUAGUCCUGAAGGUUAUUGUAUGGUUGAAAUGGCUGUAGAUGGAAAUCCUCCUGUACAACACAGACUUUCUCUCUCAUAUCGAGCAUCUCAGAUGACUUUUGGAUCAGUCUUCCUUGGAAAUGUUCCUGUUCAUGAAGGGGUUCAUCGAUGUGCUGGGCAGAUAUACGGCUAUAAAGGAUGUGUUAGGGAUUUUCAAGUGAACAACAAAGAGUUGUUCAUCAUAGACGAGGCUCUUGGAGGGAGAAAUGUAGAAAACUGCAAUGUUCCGAUAUGUGAUUAUCAUCCGUGUCACAAUGGUGGGACAUGCACUAGUGAUGCAGAAAAUUGGUUUUGUGAAUGCCCUAAACUCUACUCUGGAAAACUCUGCCAGUUUGCAACUUGUGACGAAAAUCCAUGUGGAAACGGUGCUACAUGUUUUCCAAAGUCCAAGCGAGAUGCUGUUUGUCUUUGUCCAUAUGGAAGAUCUGGCAUCCUCUGCAGUGAUGCUCUUAAUAUUACUCAACCGAGUUUCAGCGGCACAGAUGUCUUUGGCUAUACAUCAUUCUUAGCUUAUUCUACAAUCCCAGAUAUCACUUUCUACUACGAAUUCCGCUUGAAGUUUCAGUUAGCAAACCACCAUUCAUCUCUACAAGAUAACUUGAUUUUUUUCACUGGACAAAAAGGCCAAGGUCUGGAUGGAGAUGAUUUCUUGGUGUUAGGCCUCCAUAAUGGCAGAGUAGUGUAUAGCUACAAUCUAGGUUCUGGCACAGCAACUGUCGUUAGUAAACCACUUGAUCUGACACUCAAUAUUCACGUUAUCCAUCUUGGCAGAUAUCUCCAAAAUGGCUGGCUGAAGGUGGAUGAUCAGAAGAAUAAAACUGUAUCUUCUCCUGGGAAACUGGUUGGUCUCAAUGUCUUCAGUCAGUUUUACUUAGGAGGCUAUCAUGAGUAUACACCAGAACUCCUACCAAAGGGAUCAAGAUUUAAGAACGGCUUUCAAGGUUGUAUUUUUGAUGUUCAAAUUUCCACCAGCAUGAAUCAAGAGUUUAAAUCACCAGGGACUCCAGAAGGUCACCCUAAUUCUGGUCGCAGUGUUGGACAAUGUAAAGAUUCCCCGUGCAGUUUAAUAAAAUGCAGAAAUGGUGGGAAGUGCGUAGAAGGUGGUUCUACUGUUUACUGUGAAUGCCCCAUUGGAUGGAAAGGUGCAUUUUGCACAGAAACAGUGUCAGUAUGUGAACCAGAGCAUCAUCCUCCACAUCUGUGUAAGCGAGGCAGUACCUGUGUGCCACUGCCUAAUGGCUAUACAUGUCAUUGUCCUCUUGGAACAACGGGUACCUACUGUGAACAAGAUAUUUCCAUUAGUGAUCCAUCUUUCAGAAGUAAUGAAUCAUCGUGGAUGUCAUUCACACCCUUUUAUAUCCGGCAUAGGACCCAUAUCAAACUACAGUUUCAGCCUCUAUCUCCAGACGGUAUCUUGUUUUACACUGCACAGUAUCUGGGCACUCAGUCCGGUGACUUUCUAUGUAUAUCGUUAGUAAAUGGAUUUAUACAGUUACGCUACAAUCUCGGAGACAAGACGGUCAUCCUACAGACCUUUCAGAAGGUCCAUACAAAUGGAAAUACAUGGCAUUCACUCAAAGCAGGAAGAGUUGGUAAUGAAGGCUACCUGGAUCUGGAUGGUACCAACAUUACUCAAAAAGCUACUCCCGGAAUGAACGCACUAGACACACACACAGAUUUUUUUGUUGGAGGCGUGUCUUCCUUAAACCUUGUUAAUUCAAUGGCCGUAGAAAAUGAACCCACAAGUUUCACCGGUUGCAUACGAGAAAUUGUUAUAAACAAUAAGGAACUGAAGCUCACCACGACUGACCCCAAAGGUGGAGCCAACGUUGGUGACUGUGACGGAACAGUUUGUGGGUACACAGUGUGCAAAAAUAAUGGAACAUGUAAAGUUGAAAACUCAGGCUUUUCCUGUUCUUGCCCACAAGAGUGGACAGGGAGUACAUGUGAACAAUCUAUUCACUGUUCACAAAACAGGUGUGGCUCUCAAGCUCUCUGUAUUCCUCAACCUACUUCAUUUUCCUAUACCUGUGUAUGCGCACUAGGCUGGUCAGGCAAGUACUGUGACAGCAAAAUUCAGUUUUUUAUAGCAAAGUUUAUCGGUAACUCCUAUAUCAAAUACACAGAUCCUUAUUAUAGAAAAAGAGACCUUCAGUAUAGCCGCAUUUCUUUAAAUUUUACUACCAGCCAAACUGAAGGCUUAAUAGUAUGGAUGGGAAAAAGUGAAGAUGAAGACAAUGAUUUUCUUGCCAUUGGUCUUGCCAAUGGAACACUAAAAAUUGUGAUUAAUCUUGGAGAAAGAAUCUCUGUUCCUCUAAUUCACAGCAAAUACUCCACCUGUUGUGAUGAAAGAUGGCAUUUCGUUACUGUAGUACAAAACCAAACUUGUAUUAAGGUAUAUCUUGAUGAGGAGCUAAUUAUUUUUGAAGAUAUUGAUCCACGCAGAAAAUAUACUGCUUUAAACUACGGUGGCAUUUGUUAUUUUGGUGGGUUUGAAAUUGGCAGGGAAGUCAAUAUAGUCACUGCAGGGCUUUUUCAGAAGGAAUUCAUUGGUAAAAUAAAAGAUGUUGUGCUUUUCCAAGAUUCUAAGAAGAUUCAGCUAAUGAAAGCAGAAGGGUAUAAUGUUUACAAUGGAAAUUAUGGAAAUUAAUUGGAAAACUGUUUUAAGACUCUUUAAAAGUGGCAUAUUUGCUUUUCCUCCAAUUUCUUGUGUGAGCUGGUAGUGAGAGACUCAGGAACCAACAGAAUAAAGCACUUAAUAAAAUUGUCCCCAAUUCCCUUUUUUAAUGUUGAGUAUUAAUAGCAUAUAUAAAACAUGAUUAGAUAUUUUACUUAUAAAAUUAUUUUCCAUACUCUUUAGUACUAACUUAACUUUAAAAUAAUGGGAAAGUUUAGUCUUUCUGUAGACAAAUAGACUGUAAUUAGCUUAUAAAGCCAACUGUUACGCCAAUAUUAUUUAUUACUUUAUAAAGACAAGUUGUUCCUCCAAAACUCUUAAAUUUCAUUAGAAUGCAGAGUUCCUCUUUUUUAAUUUUGUAAUAUUUAGGUCAAAUGUGAAAACUUAAAUGUGGAGGUGGGGAAGAAAAGGUGAAGUUGGGUCAAAAAUCACAUUUAUUGCAGUGCGAAUUUUAAAAUCGUAGCACCUGCAAUUACUUGUUAAGUCCACAAAGGUAAUGAAUUUGUUCUCCCUCCCUUCUGAGUCUAUAUGCAUUGUGUACGCCAGACUUCACACUAAAAUAUUAAAGAAGAAUGAUUUUAAGAGCAGGGAUGGUUAUUUUACAUAAUUACUUCAACACAGAUAAAACCCAUGACUGCUGCUUUCCUCCAGCAGAAGGUUCCUGCAAUUCACUACAGGAAGACAUUUUGUUUUAACCAGUCACAGCUGGAAUGUGGCAGUCUACCUACAAAUGACUUCUAUUCCUAAAAGCUUAAAACCUAGAAUGUUGAAGACCUGCUUUGCUUUAGCCAUACCAGUCUGGCUUAUGUGCCCCUAGAUGAGAUUUUGACAUUUUAUUAGAUGAAGGUUUGUGUCGCAGUAUAUUGAAUUUCCAAUAAUCUCAAAAGUCAACAGAACUCUUCAUAUACAGAAUAGUUUGGUUGGAAGAGACCUUAAAGAUCAUCCAGUUCCAACUAGAUUAUAUAAAUCCAAUAACUAUUCCUUCUGCAAAAGCUCACUUAUAUUCUAUUUUAGUGAGCAAUGAAACAAAAAUAUAUUGUCAUAUUUUAAUCUGCUUGAAUAAAUGACUUAUGAUGCUACCUACAUUUCUCAUUUGACUGUUGGCUUACUGUAUAAGUAAUCACUUAAAAUAAAAAUAAUAGUGAUUAAUUCUCAUCUUUUCCUUUUUUUACUUUAUGAUUACUCAAAAGCACAUAAUAAACCAUGGCCACCUCAUAUGGAAAUUCUCCAAAUACAAGUCUUUAGAGGGUAUCUAUCAGAAACAAGUAACUAAUUCUGGGUUUUAUUUUGUCUUUCCAUAAAGCAGAUAUAAAGCAGAAACCAUAAGCACAGUAAAACCAAGUGACACACAAUACAUUCCACACACCUAUAAUUAGUAGAUGUAGCAAUGAAUGCACUGCCAUGGCAGUUACAGAUAACUUGUAGAUAACUAAGGAGGGGGUGAGGGGAAGGAGAGUGAUGGAACUACCUCAAGGUGUUUUAGUAAGGAACUGCAAACAUCUUCAUGAGGUUCCUUCUAUCCUCUUCAGCUGCUCUGAGCCCUCAAGCAAUCAGCCUGAUGCAACAGAGCUUCUUCCUCUCUUCCCAAUGGGCUGCUCGCAACGCCCACUUGGCAUUUCAGCUGGCUGCAGACUCUUCUCAUCUUCCAGUUUCUCUCAGGAGGGCCUUUUACGGCCAUGCGAUGCUGGGAAAGGGAGCGUAUUUAGGGUUUAUCCUGUUCUCUCUGGGGCUCCUGGUGUACUGCCAGUUCCUCCAGUACACACUGCUUUUUGUGGCCUGAGCAAUGAUUCAGUGUAGAACAAGUGACUGCAGCACUUCCAGCUAACACAAGUGUUGGAAGGAGAGUCACCAAAGGCAACAAAGAAGACAACAUCCUUUAUUGUUGGAGUAGUGGGAUUUACUCCCAUUACACUACCUCAGGUUCUAGGACCAAAUCCCGGAAACUGUCAUUGUUAAUUUAAACUCUUAACAAAACUCUCCCUCAAGAGUUGUUUUACUGUGGCUCUCGUUGGGUUCUACACACAAGAGGCAGGUAUUAAAGCACUCAGCAAACCUGGAACAUCUUUUCAUAGUCUUUCCAAACAACUUCUUUCUGGUAGUUCUGGAAGAAACCAUUCCCAUCCCUUCCAUAGAGACGGUUGCAAUUUUCCUUGCUCCCAGUUUAAUUUUAGAGCACAAAUGGAUGUGAAUGUGCAAGACACUGCCAGUGAACCAGGAGUUGAACAUGUUAAAAGAAAAUCUUCACAAGCAGAGCUGCCAACUCAAAAUUUACUCCAAAAACCACAGCAAUGCUUUGGUGCACUUCUAUGUCUAAAGAACACAACACAUGUGUAAUACUACCAGAUACACUCAGUGGCGCUACUGCUAUACAGACCAUGGAAUUAAUUUGGAAAAGACUAGCUUUAUAGCAUGAGAACAUGAUGUGAAUAAAGUCAAAAGUUUAAAUGUUGCUUCUAGUUAUGAACAAAUAGGAUUUAUUUUUUAAUGAAUCUUCUCACGUAUGAGUCUAAGAAACGUUACUUAAGUCCACCAUCCCCUUUAUUCGGUGCAAGGUUUUUAAUUUUAGUCAAUUUCACCACAAAGCUACCUCUGCAAGGUAUCCACAUGAAAUUUUACCAUAAAAUAUAUUCAUAAUUAAAACUAACAAUUAGCGUGUUCUGAGACUGGAAUGACCUUUUUCUGGAAAUAAGCUUUUCUACAGCCCAGUGCAAAAAGCUACAUUAGUACAUAAGGUCAUGUACUCGAAGUGAAAAACAAAACACUGAAAAACAGAACAAUAAACUUAAGUUUUUCUUUAUAUAAUGGAAUACUUUUGCUGAUUCCAACAAACUCAACAAAAUGACCAGUGUAUUUUAAGAAGUAUAAGAGCAGCAGAUUUGAGUUUGUUUUCAGAUUUGCCUUUUUUGGCUUUUUGUUUUCCACCAAUGGAUGUCAGUCACUGCAAAAUAUCCAUUUACUAGGAGACCUAUACGGUACAAACACCCUCUUGUCCU